CCGGUAGCGACAUUAGUUGCAAUUUUAUUUCCAUCCCGGUCGGAUCUCAUUUUGCCGGAGAUCGCGCUCAAGUGUGUCGGGGAAGUGUACGGGCGCUUCGAGUGGUCAAUUGAGACGCAGAUUAAUCGUUUCGGGGACCGUGCAAGAUUCCGGCAUUCAACGGCUUACUCCGGGAGACGCUCGAAACUGAAACAGUUAUGAAGACGCUGAUCAUCGCCACUCUGAUGAUUGUGGCUGCAUGCUACGGUCAACAGAAAACAUCUCCCUGUCCGUCAGUGUUUCUUUACGACGAAAAGGAAGACACUUCGGACACCUGGUAUGGCACCCUGCGGCUAAAAACCAACGUCCCGCUGCAUGGCAUUUUCAUCGACGUAAUCUUCGAUGGGCAGAUUUACGUUUUUGGGGCAUACUUCAAGGAUGUUACCACCAAAGACAAUUUACACUUCCACAUUGAAGACAAAUCGUACCAGUUGAAAGCAGGGGAAACAUUGAUUCUGAAAUUCUACGUAAAACACUCGGACUACAGUCGGACACCGUUGCUCCGACAGGUUCGUUUCAACGGACAGAAUGUUUGCGUGGAUGUACCCACCGUUAGACCGAACACAAUCAAACCAAACACGGAGGGAUCGUAUGACCGACCCGUGAUUUAUCCUCAGGAACCCAUAAAGAAUGAGAACCAUCGCAAAACAAGUGCUAACAAACCAGGUGUAAAUAUUCCAUCGGUGCAACCUAUAAAUCCUGUUGUUCAUUUAGAUACAUUUGAUACUAACACUCCUGUCUACGCUUCCUCUACUGGCAAAUCCUAUGAUAAUUCUGUUUCUUCCAAUGUGAAACCCAAUUUGAUUGUAAAUAAUUCGGAAUCCCAGACUGAUCACUUAAAUGUGAACCGAAGAAUGUCAGAAACGGUGUCCAGUGAGCCGUCCCAAAAUCGCAGACGGCCACCUCUGACGAGCAACGAAUCUUAUGACCCAAUCCAGGAUCCAACAAUCUGGAGAAAGCCUACGAGCAGCUCCUCGCGUGAAACUUCCACAUCGAGGCCAGUUCGUCAACCGGUACCAGGUUAUGAAAGUAAUGAGUAUGCCAAUAGCAGAACUCCCACUCCCGCGGAUGACCGAUACUAUGAUGGGGGCCGCAAAACAACAACCGAAGCCACCGUGUACUUUCGAGGGGAUCAUCAUCAGCAGCGUUCGAAAACGACAACGGAGAAACCGACCUUCUUCCAGGGCGACUAUGCCUUUAUCAAGAAUGUCGAAACAUCCACCCACUACAUCAACGCGUACGACGAGGAUAUCUGCGGCACGAUAGUACCGAAAACAAACCCGUUGAUAACUCAUGGUUCGUCCGCCCAACAUGCGCAAUUUCCCUGGCACGGAGCCCUGUACCGUUCGUCUGUAACCGAACUGAAGUACCUCUGUGGUACAACACUAAUCUCGGAGAGAUUAUCACUCACGGCAGCUCACUGCGUGGCUAGGGAAAAGAGCCGACGUCCAGUUGAGUCCGGCAGUUUACUGCUGUACUUCGGCAAAACUAAUCUGAAACAGUGGAACGGACCAGAGCAGGAUGCCAAGGUUGAUCAAAUUCUAAUAAAUCCAGACUAUAACCACGAGCGGUUUUUCGCCGACAUUGCGUUGCUCAAGCUGAAAGGUGAUGUUAAAUUCGAUGCCCUCGUUAGACCGGUUUGUCUGUGGAGCUUCGACGAGGAUUACAAGCUCUUGAUCAACAAGGUAGGGUUUGUGCCGGGCUGGGGAUACACCGAACGGGGACUGGUCAGUGAAGAACUGUCCUUCGCACAGAUGCCUGUUGUAGCUCACGAAACAUGCAUUUGGUCAAAUCGGGAUUUCUUCAGUAAGGUCACCUCGAAUACAUCGUUCUGUGCAGGAUUUAGAAAUGGUACAUCUGUUUGCAACGGCGAUAGUGGUGGGGGUAUGGUUUUCAAACAGGGCAACCGAUGGUUCCUUCGGGGAAUUGUUUCGGUUAGCGCUGCGCUGCAGAACAAAGUGAGCUGUGAUCCACAUCACUAUGCGGUGUUUACCGAUGUUGCCAAAUUCUUGCGUUGGAUAAAAAGUUACAUGUAAUGUUUGUUUGACUUAUAUAUUCAAAUAAAUUUAUACCCGUUGAUAGUCGUUAUGGAACCGAACAACACAAUCAAUGUAGCCAAAAAUAUAAACAUUGAUAUAAAACAAGAUCAGAAUAUUUGAUUUCCAUUAUAAUGUGCCAUUGAUUAUAAACUCCUGCUGUAUGUUUGUCAAAAUGAGGUAAAAACAAAAAUGUAAAUUAUUUGAAUUGAAAUGAAUUCAAACUAUAUAACACUGUACGAUUGAAUAGAUUGCAAUCAUACUC